AUGGGAGACAAAGCAGACUCCUCCACCAGUUCCAGUAAAACAACUCCUUCACUUCACCCGUUUUACACCAUUACCAACAUUCAAAACAAAGUUCGUAUUUUGGAUGGCACGAAAGUUACGUACUCUUCGUGGGUAAAGCUAUUUCGGUUAAAUGCGCAUGGAUACAAGGUUCUUGACCAUAUCGGUGGAACCCUACCACUGCCAGAGGAUGACCCAAACUAUGGCACGUGGAUGGAAAUCGAUGCUAUAGUGUUGCAAUGGAUUUAUGCAACCGUUUCUGACGACUACCUGGUUCGGAUCUUGGACACCGAAUCUACUACUUUAGAUGCUUGGGGUCGUCUCAAAAAGAUUUUUUUUGAAAAAUAA